AUGUCAGGAGGAAUCGGGCCGACUGCAAAAGACAUCGCCUUUCCUUCCGAUGGCGAUGACGACACCGUCCCCCUACCUGGCCACACCCCGCACCGCCGCUUUCUAUCCUUCCGGCAACUCAACGCCGUCGCCCUCUCCAUCGUCCUCGCCGCCUCCGGCAUGGUCUCGGCCGCCGACAUCGCCAUCGCACUUCUCUCAUUUCCCUACAUCAUCUUCCUCUCACGCUUCGCCUUUCCCCCUGUCCGCCCCUCCCAUUCUCCCGAACCCCCUGUCUUCGGUGCUGGCAACCGCCUCCUCACCGUCUAUAUGAUCAUCGCCGCCAUCAUCGGUCUUUUCCUUCCUAUCGUCUACAUCCUUCAGGGCGUAAUGGAGGGAGACAAGGAGGGGAUAAAGGCCGCCGUGCCGCACUUGUUCCAGCUCACAUGCCAGGUGUUCUUGGAAGGUGUGACGUUUUCGCCGCAGUUCUCGCUGCCCAUCCGAGCUUUUGUGCCGGUUUCCUACAACGCGAUGAGGAUGUUCACGCUCAUCGAUUGGGUGAUGGUUGAGAUGGGAAAGGAAGCGGCCACCGGCGUGGAAGAGUGGUCGGCGCUGAAGUUUCUUGCCGGCAGGGGCUUGGCGGUGGUUAAUCUGUUAUUCUGGGCGUUUAAUAUUUUUGGAUUUCUUCUGCCUAUUUAUUUGCCCAGGGUUUUUAAAAGACAUUACGGCUACAAGGAGAAGAUCUGA